AUGCACUGCCGUGCAUGUACGCUCGCCCAACUGUCCGCCAAUGCGCGUAGUGCUGCAUGUUUGACAAGGAUGCAUUCGAGAAACGCCUCAGUACUGACACCACAAGAUCGCCAACAUCGACGUCGCACACAAAACAAGAUGGCUCAGAGACGCCAUAGAGAGAAGCGCCGGAAAGCGCUAGCGCAUUUCAACACCGACAGUGGAGCUCGCAUGACUGCGAACGAUCGAUCUGAGCUUACAUGCAGCGUUCCAAGCUCAGAUUGCAAGCUAGCACAGAUCUCGUCUGCUCAGCACCGUGUGUCUCAAAUUUCGUCCGCGAUAGGUGAAAAUGACGGUCUCGUAACACAGAAUUUGCCUUUGCAAAGCUCUUACGUCGCUCAACACGAUACUAUUGCAGUGUGGCUGUCUUUCGAACGCGACAGUCAAAGUAUGGGCGCAGAGCUCAACCCCGCUCUUUGCAGCAUCAAUCAAGCACCCACUCACGAAGAGAGGCGUCGGGAAGCGCCGACGGGUCAUACCGAUACUUUCGAAGCACCUGAAACCCCUGUCAUUCGGUUGCAGCUUGCACGCAGCACUACAAGCUCUUCGAGCUCAUACUUAGAGCUUGCCGGACCUCCCUCCCUUCAGCAUCAGGAAUGUUCCUGCAUUCCAAGGACCAUGAAUGGCACCUGUACUGUGACACACAGCUUGGCUCUGGCAACUUCGUACUUCGAGCUUGCCGGAACUUCGCCUUGUCAGCAUAGGAUAUAUUCCUGCUGUCUUCGGACGACUCAUGGUGCCGAUACAAGAGCACAGAGCUUGACUCCACAAAGUCAUGCCGUUGCUGAACGCUACAAAAACAAUACAGGUGUGUCUCUUGCACGCGACGGAAGAGUAUCGGGAGAAGCUUCCGUACCGACUAUUUCCUUUCGCGAUACGUUGACGAAAAUCGGUGUCUUGACCAGUCUCAUUUCCUCUGAUGAGGACCUGAAGACGCUACUACACAGGCUCCAACUGAUCCCUCUGCCUCUCAAGGAUUCGGAGUUCCCUCGAGAUAAAUUUCUUAGAGGAGAUAUCAAUUGGACCUUGCUCGGAGCUAACAUGCUUCCUACUAUCGAACAAUGGAAUCGUGCUCAUCGACUGUUCAUCGACAUUUGCCUUCCAUGGCCCGCUGUCCGCUCCCGUCUACUGUUGCAUUCAGUCUCCUUCCCCAUCUGUGAAACAGAAUUCGCCUUAGAUAUACUGCUUUCUGUCCUUUCUCCUGAAGACAGAUUCUCGUCUUUCCAUGUUCAUGGGGACCACAUCUUCGAUCCAGAUGCAUGGGAAGUCGGCGAUCGCAUGUUGAACACUUGGUGGGGCAUUUUUGACGAAGCCGUGCUGAAGAGUACAAAUGUCUGGCGUCGCAAAAGGGGCCUUCCAGACUUUUCUUUCCUUCAGCUCAGGGAUGGACGCAAUCAUUUCGAACAUGUUGGACUAGGAACCGGGUCCUUGCAUCGGGUCUUUCAAAGUGCGUCCGAACUUCUAGCGACGUCAAACUGA